AUGGCAGGAGUACGGAAAUUCAAGAUCGCUGCAAUUCAAGUUGGACCAAUUGCAAGAACUGCAAAGAGGGAAGACGUUGUUGAGAGGCUGUGUGGGCUACUUCAAGAGGCAGCAAACAAGAAGGCUACGUUGGCUGUUUUUCCUGAGUUGACAUUGACCACUUUUUUCCCAAAGUGGCUGAUUGACAGCCAGGAAGAGGUCGACAGCUAUUUUGAAAAGGGUGAUAUUACCAAGGGACCAUGCAAGCCUUUGUUUGAUCUGGCAAAACAUAAUGGAAUCGGCUUUUACUUGGGUUACGCAGAGCUGACAGAAGAUGGUCACCAUUUCAAUACGUCUAUUCUUGUUGACAACCGCGGUGAGAUAGUUCACAAAUACCGGAAAGUCCACUUACCGGGGUUCGUCGAGCCAAUUGCAGAUAUCCCCUUCCAACAACUGGAGAAAAGGUACUUUGAAUACGGAAAUCUAGGAUUCCAGGCGGUCAGGACAAACCCAGAGUGGAUCGAUGCAACUGUCGGGAUGCUUAUUUGUAAUGAUAGAAGGUGGCCAGAGGCCUGGAGAUCUUACGCGUUGCAGGGGAUGGAUCUGAUGCUGAUUGGAUACAAUUCUGUUGCAAAUGCAGUGGGUUUGUUUGGCGACAAGGAGGAUAAAACUCUGAGACAAUAUCACAGUGAUCUAUCUGUGCAAUCCAACGCAUAUUUCAACUCAUGCUACGCCGUGAGUGUGGGCAAGUGUGGAAAUGAAGAGGGUCAGAAUCUUCUUGCAGGGUCCCUAAUUGUUGAUCCAACAGGGAGAACAGUGGUGCAGUCGGUAAUUGAGGAUGAUGACGUUCUAGUCCGUGAAAUUGACCUCGAUGAAACCAUUAUCGGCAAGCAGAAAAUGUUUGAUUUUGCAAGACACAGACGUCCAGAGUGCUAUAUCCGUCUCACCGAGCAAAAAGGCGCAAUUGCACUUCCGCCAUAUUCGGAAAAGAAGUAG